UUUGGGGAGUGGUUAGGACACGUCUACAUUCUAAAAGUGAAACUAUUGCUAUACAAUUGUAACUCCAUAGCAGCCCAGCAUAUUACCACUUCAAAAACAUUGAAUAUACUUCAUUCAAAAUAGAGAACAUCAUAACAAUGGAGACACUGAACGAAAUUGAUCACCUCGAAUCGUCUGGCUUUGGUAGACCCCGGCCCAGACACGGCCUUCAACUCCUUCACUGGUUCUCCCAUGAAUAUGUCACAUUCAACAACGACAGCGAGAUGGUGACAGUGCGCAACCCUAAGAAGAAGGCGUUUGGCUUCCACCGCUUCUUUGACAACAUAGAGGAGCAUGAUGGCCAAUGUAACCAACUGCUACCAGACCAGGACUUACCAUACUACGAAGUGGGCAAUCUGAAUGCUGCAAAGUCUGAGAACCUACCGCAUGAUGUCCGCAAAAACCACACAGGACACAAUAACGAAAGCAACAUAGACCGGAUCAUUAUCAGCCUCCAGUCAGACCGUGUGUUGGACAGAAUCUACGUGACCCAACAUGAUCAUCACAGAGGUGCUUUUGACCCCCAGCACACCUAUCGCAUCAGUAAGGGGUUGAUCAGUAUCAUCCGUAAUCUGGACCUGGAUGAUCUCCUGGAGCAGACUGGAUACUCACUUCCUUGUCCUUCCUCCAUGGACACACUUAACGAAAUGAGACAGCUCGAGUCAUCUGGCUUUGGUACACCUCCACCUAGACACGGCCUCCAUCUCCUUCACUGGUUCGCCCACAACUACAUCAAAUUCAACAAAAAGGGUGAAAUGAUGACAGUGAGCAACCCUGAGAAGAAGGUGUUUGGCUUCCACCGCUUCUUCGACAAAAUAGAGGAGCAUGAUGGCCUAUGUAACCAACUGCUACCAGACCAGGGAUUACCAUACUACGAAGUGGGCAAUCUCCAUGCCCCUGGGUCUAGGAACAUACCGCGUUAUGUCCGCAAAAACUACACAGGACACAAUGACGACAGCAACAUCGACCGGAUCAUUAUCAGCAUGCAGUCAGACUGUGUGUUGGGCAGAAUCUACGUGACCCAACAUGAUCAUCACAGAGAUGCUUUUGACCCCCAGCACACCUAUCGCAUCAGUAAGGGGUUGAUCAGUAUCAUCCGUAAUCUGGAGCUGGAUGAGCUCCUGGAGCAGACUGGAUAGUCUUAAGACGUUUCCCACCUGGCCAACGCGCAUUUCGACAGAGGCAUCGUACACAUAAUUAUUCUUUAACCUCAUUUCUAAUGGUCAAAUCCAAGAUCUCUAACCGAAUGAUUUAUUUUCUUACAAAUGUAUACUAGGCAUGGGUAUGACAUCGUGUCUUCGAUAUUCCCCAUACAUUAUAUAUUGUAGGAAAUUAUGAAUGUUUUUAUUUAGAUAAAGGGCCUUGUUUUCAGAUGUUUCACAUCCUGCCACGUUUAUUUUGUUAUUUUUCCCCAACCAUUUCACCUGUGUGGUGGAAUUGCUACCUUUAACUAAUAAUGAGGAGAGGAAAAGUCAACAAUCAAUCAAGGUAUUACUUUGAUUAAAAACGUAUUAUAAUCAGGAGGCUGGUCACACCACCCACGCAGGUGAAAUGGAGUGGGAGCCUCCUGUACAGAGUACAGGAACAUUUAUAUAUUCAAACUACCCUGAGCAAGCAUCUGCAAAACACGUGAUCCUAUGUAUGUGUUUGUGUGUGUGAGGGGAGGAAACCGGGUGAAAAGGUUGCCUCAGUCUUUCGCAACUGAGAGAGGACAACAGGAGCCAGAAUGACAGGGAGUCACUCCAGAUAUACUUCCUCUAUGUAUGGUCGUACUGGCCACACACACAGAACACACACACACACACAAAACAUGAAUAUUUUGCCCAGAAACAGGCUCCAAAUAGAUGAAUAGCUUUAUUACUGGUGUGCAGAAUAUAACACGUUCCUCUGUCUCCAGUUAAGAUAAAAGGAACCAGUGCGUUUCUGUCAGAUCUUGGCUGAGCGCCCAGGUAUCAUGGGGUCAUUCUACACACACAGAACAGCUCGAUCGGGCCGCUUAUUAAUACACACACACACUUUUCUAUCUUAUAUGAGUUACUUUCUUUCAUCUCAAGCCCAAUGCCUAGGCUUAAAGAAUGAUAUUUUAGUACACAAGCAUUAGUAAGGUUCAACAGAAAAUGCCCUCACACCUGCAAUAGUUAUUGCCACACUAGUCGGAACUAGGAAACUGUAGUUAUACACGUGCUGCCAGUAGUCAUUGUAAAUCUUAGUGGGGAAAACAAAAAAUGUUUUCGUAGAUGCAUGCCAGCAAAGCCACUACACAACACUAAACAAUACAUUAAUUGCACUAUAACGGUGAAAACGGUGACCGCAACUGUUUGGGCCCUACAUAAAUCUGUCUCACCAGCAGUCCCAACACAAUACCACUGCUACACCUGGCUAUCAGCGGAGCCUUGUCUGGCAGCAAAACAGUUAAUUCAGCCUCAUUUACUGACUUAAAAAAAACAUAGCUGAUAUGGCUGACUUGCUUAAACAAAUGUGGUUUCUACAGACAAUUAAGAUGUACAAACUAUGGCAUAAGAGGACGACAAGCGGAUGAAAGGGAAUCUGUAACUUCGAUUCAGACAUUAAUGAGCGAGCAAGGAUGGACGUAGUCAAUACAACUAUUUGUUCAGCACUUUUGAAAUGUACAGCGACAUAAUCCAGAACAUGGGCACUUAUUGCAGUAAUCUCCCUGUACACCAAGUCAGAACCGUAGGAUAAAUAAAGACAGCUUAUAAGCAGACAAUGAAAGCUCUUACAAUAUUUUAUGAUGACAUUUUUCAAAAACAGGCUAUAGGCUACGUGUGCACCAACAAGUCAGAACAGUAGGCUAAAUUAUGAACAGCUUACUACACAACAUACACUUAGUAUUACUUUCUUAGCUGCAGGAUACAUAUCUCCCUGUCAUAUUACAUAAUUUAUGCAGCAGCAUACAAUACAUUUUUUGACUCACCCUGUUCUACUGUGAUCACUGGAACAGGAAGGUGGCGGGGUGGUCCUUCGUGGGUAAAUUUUGUCAUCAAAGUCUGGCAUUCUCUGAAUGUAUGGUGCUUUCAGACAACUGGGGGAAAAACAAAUCUGAAUCAUUACGCCAGCCAGUGAUCUUCAGGUUGGAGCUCUCUAAAGAGGCCCAAGUUCCCGACUUGGAAUUCCGAGUUUAAUGACUGUUCAAAACGUAUUUUCCCUGUUGGAGCUCGUUUUCCCAGUUGUAUUGAACUCACUGAAGUCUGACAUUUCCCAGUUCUGAAUUUCCAGUUGUUUGAUUGCGGCAGACGUCAUGCUGGACAGCAAGGCCCAUAUUGAAUGUUUAUCCUUUUAAGCUUGGAAAAUAAACCCUUAAACUGAGACUUGGACUACCCACCCACUACACUGAGUAGCAGGCUUGUGAUUGCUUCGCAGUUAGCCACUGAUUCCUUCCAAACCACUUAUUGUUGAAUUUGUCUAAUUCCAACUUGUUGUGUAAUGUUAAUGUCCAAUGGCCGAUGAGCACCGUUGAGUUUUAUCUAUAAUUUCUCUUCAUAAUUUCUUUUCAUAUGACAAGGAUUGAAAAGGAUUUGCAAGUCGAUUAUUGACUUGAUUCAUGAUGAUGACUGCUAGCUUGCUACUAAGAUCUUGAAAGUAUGAUGUUGUCAUGAUCAGUCCAAUCAAAGCUAUGGUAGAGAUAACGUGAUUUGACGUCAUUUUAUCUGUGGCCCAUGACCUUGAGCCUUCUUGGAUGGGCACCUAUAAUGUAACUCUAUGGCAGCAUCGAAGGGGCUUGAAUUUUCAAGCUCUCCCCGUAGAUUUUGCUGUGAUGUGUUGUCCCCAUGAGUGACAGAACACUGAGCUAAUCAAGGCCGAAACUAGAGAACAUUUUCCGCUGGCUGCCCCACCACCACAGACUGCACUGAGCUAGGCUGAAACACCUGCAUUUUGGAGCUGCCUUGCUCAAGAAAGCAAAAAAAGAGACCAUUUUUGUAUGCGGAUUUAUUAACAAUUAAUUUUAUUUACAUUGUUUGCAAACUGAUAUGUGACACAUAUCAAUGCCAAAAUAACAUGCAAAACAGCAUGUUAUCACAUGCAUGCUAAACAGGUGAGUCUCAAAACAGGUGGUUCUCUGCACCACCUGCCCUGAAUGACAGGUUGCCACUGCGUGCUGCAUUCAAACAAUUAGCAAGUCAGAAAUGUCUGAGUUUCCUAGUUCCGACAAGCACGUGAACACGGCAUAAGUGUGUGUGUGUGGAGAGAUAAAUGUUUAUAAUAAAAUAAUUGAUUAGUUAA